AUGGCAGAUGGAGACCUCCAGGUACUGCAGGAAGAGUUAGAUUCCUGCUUUGUACUACUGUUUGCAUGUCAGCUCCCAAAUUCAUCAGAAUCAUAUCAGGCUUCCUACAUCUACCUGUCUCUGGGCUUCUAUUUCAACCACAAUGGUGUGACUCUGGAGGGCGUGGGCCACUUCUUCAGAGAAUUGGCCAAGAAGAAACUCAAGGGUGCUGAGUGUCUCUUAAAAUGUCAAAACCAGCAGGGUGUCCACAUUCUCUUAGAACAUGGUGAAGAUGAGUGGAGUAAAACUCAGGAUACCAUGGAAGCUGCCUUGGCCUUGGAGAAUAACCAGAAUCAGGAUUUUUUGGAUCUGCAUGACUUGGGUCCUACCUGCACAGACCCUCAUCUUUGUGACUUCCUGGAGAACCACUUCCUGGAUGAGGAGGUGAAACUCAUCAAGAAGAUGGGUGACCACCUGACUAACAUCCUCAGGCUGGGUGGAUAUCUCUUUGAAAGACUCACCUCAAGCAUGACUAAGAGCCUUUGGAGCCCAGAGGCCUUUGAGGGGCCCCUCUGCAUUUCCUUGCUGUCUGGCUUUUGCCUGAGGCUCUCCCUGAAACCACUAGGCAUCCUUUUAACCAUGUUGGAGCCCUCUCCCAUUCAUUGGACCAAAUGGAAACAAAGUUUUUUGCAGUUAAAAAAAAUGAGGUAUACAUUCUCUUAUCCUGACUUUACAGAUGAGAAAAUUGAGGCUCAGAGAUGUUAA